AUGUUUGAAAAACUAUUGGGCCGUUUCAGAAGGAACUCUAAAAAUUCAUCUCCAUCAUCAAAACCACAAAUGAAACCUCUUGAUUUUGAUGAUGACGAUGAUUAUGAUGAAGAGGGUGAAUUAAAUUAUAAAUGUUCCUCAGAGGAAAUUCUGGUCAUAAAAUUGACCUCCGAUGAGGCUAGAAAGUACAGAGAUUUGAUGAGGAUGGAAGAUAUUAAUCAUUCGAUCACCAUGGGGGGUUAUUUGCGUUGGAGGGAUAUUGUGAGUUGUAUGAGAGUUUGUAAGGAAUGGAAAGAAAUUAUUGAUUGCAAUGCGGCUUAUAAUAUGUUCCUUCAAAAGGUAUUGAAAAGCUUGGAAGAUUGUUAUCCAGUUUGUGUGAACUUGUCUGGAAAUAUGAAAAGAAGUCACGUCGUUGGAAAAGGGUUGAAAAGUUUACAAGAGUUUGUGAGCUUUUCCAAAUAUUCAAUGAGAUGGCUUGAAUCAUCCCGUUUUGGUUACAACAAUGGAAUAACACAAAGCUCAACCACAAUGUUGUUGGAUUUCAUGUCAAUAGAUCCAAAGAAAAUAGGACACAAGCAAUUUCAUGAGGACAUCAAAGUAAUUAUUCCAGAUCAACUUGCAGAAAAAGAUCCAUGGUACUCUCUCACUUCCCCUUUAUGGAAUAUUGACGAAGACGAAAGCUUUGGCAUAUUUAUGGCAUUUCAAUCCAGAUUUCAGUAUAGGUUUUCUUUCAUUUCUCUAGCUUACCUUAGAGGAGAGUUUUAUAAAGCUAUUCCACAAUCAAAAGAAAUAACCAAGAAUAUCUCCGUCAAAGGUGAAUACGAAGUUGACGAACCAGAGACGCCAAUAGGAAGAUAUAGAGCCAGCUCAAGCAAAGAAUUUAGUGCUAGCUCCGUGUCUCAAUUUAUUUUGGAAGAAUUGACUGAAGAUUUUGCGCAUGACAGAUUUUAUGAUGAAGAGGAAACAGUAGAGGCAGAAGCAAAGGUAACUUUGGAAUUCAAUUCUGGUUUGAGAAAGAUGCUGUUCAAGAUAUGGAAGUCUGGGUUGCUGAACUAUGCACCAGUGAGAAAUUAUGUAUUCCAAUUGCUCUACUUGUUGGAAAACCACAAAAUAUAUGACUUUCAUAGAUUCCAUUUUCACGAUAAUAUGAAGGAUACUAACGUGUCUGAAACAGUUCAAGCUUUCCUUUCUUCUGAAAAAGGAGAUUCUGAAACUUUCUAUACCUAUCUAGAUGUUAAGAAACCUUGUUCAGGUUACUCUGGAGGUCAAUCAAACACUUUUUAUUUUGUUGCUCUCACACUGAAACACUCACCAACACAUGCUGAUGAAUGUGAAUUUGAAUAUGCAUUGUUGCAAUAUUACCAUUAUACUGUUAGAGGAAUGGCUUUAAGUUAA